CAAACGCCAUCAAGUCAGAGACUUUAACUGUAACACAGAGGCUCUUACACACAGGAUCUGACCACAGAUCAGACCCAGAGAGACUGGUCUGUCCUCCUGCCUCGGAAUACUUACCGGUAUUUCACCAAAGGCAGAGGGUGGUUCAUUCCCAUGGAGAUGGUGAUGGUGACUCGUUAGAAACUGGCGGUGAUGAUCCGUCUUGUUCUUACGCUACAGAGAUGGACCCUGGCAACAUGCCCUUUGGUUUAGAGACCCAGACUGAUCUGUCUAGAGGGGACUGGAACCGGUACAGUUGUAGUGUAUACUCUGAAGGGUGCCUAGAUAAGAAAGGGGAGGUUAUAGUGGUGGAUGAGGUGACUGUGAAAGUGGAGGGUGACACUCCUCCCACAUUGAAUGCAGAUUGUCACCUAGGAGAUGGACACUCCCAGGGCAGAGAUUUCUUAGAUUACAGGGGAUGCUUAGAGACAAAUACAAAUUUUGUGACCCACUCCCCUUUACACAGGUUCUGGGAUCGCGACUCCGUGUCAACGUCGAUGGCAUCUUCUGAUGUUCUUUUAGAUCAGGUAUUGAAGUCAAAUGACGAGGCUAGAGCCCAGACUCAGGCAGGGGGAGCAACAUCAGGCAAUAGUAAAGAGAAACGGUUCCUCUGCAUGUUCUGUAACAAAAACUUCAACUGCCCCCAGAAUUUGGAGAUCCACCAGAGGGUCCACACAGGGAAGAAACCCUUCAGCUGUACCCAGUGUCACAUGCACUUUGCCCAGGCUGGCAACCUAAAGAUCCACCAGAGGGUUCACACAGGAGAGAAGCCCUUCAGCUGUACCCAGUGUCACAUGCACUUCACUGAGGCUGGCAGCCUGAAGAGGCACCAGAGGGUCCACACAGGGGAGAAAUUAUUCAGCUGUACCCACUGUCAUAUGCGCUUCGCCCAGGCUGGCAACCUAAAGAGGCACCAGAGGGUCCACACAGGGGAGAAAUCAUACAGCUGCCCCCAGUGUGAGAAGAGGUUCUCCCGCCAACACCAGCUGAAGAUGCACCUAAAGGUCCACACGUGAGAGAGGCUGUUUGCCUGUACUCAUUGCGGAAAGAGGUUCUCAGAGAGGAGCUUCCUCAGGAUGCACCAGCAGAAAAACCUUUCCACUCAUAAAAUGGAAAGCAACCAUCCCACUCAAUAGCUUUUGACAUUUAGUUCAAACCCUGCAGUAAAGACAGAGAUGAAUUGUCAUUGUUGUCAGCAGAAAAUAUCCACAGAUGCAUUUGGAAUAAUGAGAGUAACAGAUUUCAGUGUUGAAUAUUCCAGGGUAAAAUAUUACAUCCAGACAUUGUGUGAUACAAGGCAUAUAUACUGAACAAAAAUAUAAACGCAACAUACAAAGUGUUGUUUUAUGUUUUACGAGCUGAAAUUUUGUGCACACAUUUGUUUACAUCCCUGUUAGUGGGCAUUUCUUCUUUGCCAAGAUAAUCCAUCCACUUGGCAGGUGUGGCAUAUCAAGAAGCUGAUUAAACAGCACAAUCAUUACACAUGUGCACCUUGUGCUGGGGACAAUAAAAUGCCACUAAUCUGUGCAGUUUUGUCACACAACACAAUGCCACAGAUGUCCCACGUUGAGGGAGCAUGCAAUUGGCAUGCUGAUUGCAAGAAUGUCCACCCGAGCUGUUGCCAGAGAAUUGAAUGUUCAUUUCUCUACCAUAAACUGUCUCAAACGUCAUUUUAGAGAAUUUGGCAGUACAACUGGCCUCACAACCUGCAGACCAUGUGUAACCAUGCCAGCCCUGGACCUCCACAUACGUCUAAUUCACCUGCGGGAUCGUCUGAGACAGGCCAUUCAUUUGAAAUCCAUAGAUUAUGGCCUAAUAAAUGUAUUUCAAUUGACUGAUUUCCUUAAAUGAACUGUAACUCAGUGAAAUCGUUGAAAUAGUUAGGUGCGUUUUAUAUUUUUGUCUCUUACAUAUUGUGUUUGUAUUGUACUGCCUAUAUGAUGUUCACAAAUGCCUGUUUCAUUACUUCCGUUCAGCUACUUUCCUUUUUUUCCCAAGACACUUUUAAUGAGAAAAUGUAUGCAGUUUAUCAAGUUCAUGCAGAUUGUUGUUGAGACAUACAUGUAUGUGGGAUUUUCAUAUGGAUGUUUAAUAAACACAA